GGCCACGACUGUUCCAUCUAACCAUCGAAAUAAUCAUACCAGAAGACAUAGUAUAGCUUCUGACAGUGGAGACACUGGCAUUGGAACUUCUUGUUCUGACAGCGUGGAAGGUAAUAUAUUUCUUUAAUAUAUUUAAUAUAUUUCAUUUUACUUGGAUCCACAAUCAACAGCUGUGGAAGCAGUAGUCAAGAAAUCAAAAGACGCAUUGCACUGGGUAAAUCUGCUGCAAAGGACCUCUUUAAAGUGUUGAAGAGCAAAGAUGUCACCUUGAAGACUAAGGUGUGCCUGACCCAACCCAUGGUAUUCUCAAUCACAUCAUAUGCAUGUGAAAGUUGGACAGUGAAUAAGGAAGACCGAAGAAGAGUUGACACCUUUGAAUUGUGGUGUUGGCGAAGAAUAUUGUCUAUACCAUGGACUGCCAAAAGAACGAACAAAUCUGUCUUGGAAGAAGUGCGGCCAGAAUACUCCUUAGAGGCAAGGAUGGCGAGACUGCGUCUUCCAUACUUUGGACAUGUUGUCAGGAGGGAUCAGUCCCUGGAGAAGGACAUCAUGCUUGGCAGAGUACAGGAUCAUUCAACCUCAAGUGGCACCUUAUCAUUUAAGCCUAGUCGAUCGUUGGUUACCCUCCCUACUGCCCACGUGAUGCCGUCUAACUCCAGCUCUUCAGUUUCCCGACACAGGGAGUCAUUGACUUCAGAUGGCUCAAAGUGGAGCACAAGCCUCAUGCAAACAAUGGGAAAUCGCAGCAGAGGGGAGCAGGACUCUUCACUAGACAUGAAGGACUUCCAGCCCCUCCGGAAAUGGUCAUCUUUAUCCAAGCUCACUGCCCCCGAUAACUGCAGCCAGGGUGGCAUUGUACACACCGAAGAGUCCCGGAAUGGUUUGGAAAAGACAGGGAGGAGCAAAGCUUUAACAUCACAACUAAGGACGACAGUUGGGCCUAACUGCUUACAUGAUAGUAUGGAGAUGCUUAAACUAGAGGACAAGGAAAUAAAUAAAAAACGGUCAUCAACUCUGGACUGUAAAUAUAAAUUCGAGAGCUGUAGCAAAGAGGACGUUAGAGCCUUUCCCUCCACACUUAGGAGACAGGCCUUAGACGUGACAUAUAGUGCCUUACCUGAAAGCAAGCCCAUUAUGACAAGCUCAGAGGCUUUUGAACCCCCGAAAUACUUAAUACUUGGUCAACAGGAAGUAGGUGGGGUUCCCAUUCAGCCUUCUGUGAGGACUCAGAUGUGGCUUACAGAGCAGUUGCGGACAAAUCCUUUGGAAUGUAGAGCUACAGAGGAUUCUUACAGUUUAGCUCCUUGGCAACAACAGCAGAUUGAAGAGUUUAGACAAGGAAGUGAGACGCCAAUGCAGGUUUUGACUGGAUCAUCUCGUCAAAGUUAUUCACCUUCUGACUAUCAGGAUUUCAGUAAGUGGGAAUCAGUGCUGAAACUAAAAGAAGGACUGCUAAGGCAGAAAGAAAUUGUAAUUGAUCGGCAGAAGCAACAAAUAACCCACCUACAUGAGAAGAUAAGAGAUAAUGAAUUACGGGCACAACAUGCCAUGUUAGGACAUUAUGUAAAUUGUGAGGAUUCUUACGUGGCUAGUUUGCAGCCACAAUACAAGAAUACUUCACUCCAGGCUCCGUUUUCAGAACAGUCAGUAUCCAGUUCCCAGCAGGAGGAACUUGAGCAAAAGCUUGCAUCUGCUGAGAAAGAGGUUUUACAGCUCAAUGAAUUUCUCAAACAAAGAAUAACCCAAUCUAGUGAAGAGAAGAGGAAACUGGAAGAAAAGCUUAAAACCAGAGAUAGAUACAUCAGUAGCCUGAAAAAGAAAUGUCAGAAAGAAUCUGAACAAAACAAAGAAAAGCAGAGAAGAAUUGAGACCUUGGAAAAGUAUCUGGCUGAUCUACCAACUCUAGAUGACGUGCAGAGUCAGAGUCUACAGCUUCAGGUUCUAGAAGAGAAAAACAAGACUUUGCAAGAGACUUUGAUAGAUAUGGAGAAAAAUCUCGACGAAAUUAAAAAACAGUGUCAAGAGAAAGAGACACAGCUCAUUUGCCAGAAAAAGAAAGAAAAGGAGCUGGUAACCACAGUGCAGAGUUUGCAGCAAAAAGUAGAGCGAUGCCUUGAAGAUGGAAUCCGCCUCCCCAUGUUAGAUGCAAAGCAGCUUCAGAAUGAAAAUGAUCACCUCAGAGAACAAAAUGAAAAUGCUAGUAAGAUAAUAGACAGCCAACAAGUUGAGAUUGACAGAAUGAUUUUAGAAAUUCAGUCUAUGGAAGGGAGACUAUCUAAAGAGAAAUUGAUCACUCAAAAGAUGAUAGAAGAGCUAGAAAAGAAAGAAAGAAACAUACAGAGAUUGACAGAAGCAUUGCAUGGGAACCGGAGACAACCAGAGACAUGCUCAUCAUUGGAUCAUGGCCAGGAAGCAGACCAAUCCAGGCAGCAGACAGUUCUUUCCAAAUGGCCAUUAUUUGAUUUGACUGUGAUCGAUCAGCUAUUCAAGGAAAUGUCCUAUUGUUUGUUUGACUUGAAAGCAUUGUGUAGUAUUCUUAAUCAGCGUGCUCAGGGCAAGGAACCUAAUCUGUCAUUAUUAUUGGGAAUCAGAUCAAUGAACUGUUCCACCGAAGAGACUGAGAAUGACCACAGCCCAGAAACACUCACCAAAAAACUGUCAGACGUGUGCCAGUUACGGAGGGACAUAGAUGAAUUAAGGACUACAAUAUCUGACCGCUAUGCUCAGGACAUGGGUGAUAACUGCAUUACCCAGUGAUUAAGUUUUAAUCCCACAGCAAUAACGAGGCGAGUUAAAUGCUGCUGUAUUAUGGUUCUUCGUAUUUCUUUCAAGGAGCCAUAAUGGAAGGUUGCAAAUCACGUAUGACUUGCACACAGGUUUUUUUCCUCUCCAUCUCCAACAUACCCAAUUGAUAUGUUUUUACUGAAGGGAAAAGGAGGGUGUAAGGAGGUUUUGAAGGGGCUUGUCUAAUCAGGCCAAAAAAAAAAAAAAAAAAAAUCAACCAUUUGAAAAAUGUAAUAGUCUCUAAGAAAAAAUUCUGUAUUCUCAAACUACUGAUUGUUGGACCAAGCUGUGAAGAGUGCCCUUCAGAUGAAAGGAGUAGGAUUUCUUUUAAUCCUCUAGGAGUUUGUUUUGUUUUGUGCAUGUGUGCUUUAUUCACAAAAUUACAAGGAUUUAUAAGGUCAAAGCAAUGCUUCUGAAAAAGGCACACACUUUAUUCUUGUAUUUUCUUUCAUGUAGAAGCUUGUGUAGUACUUUGGGGUUUUCAAGGGCUGGUUUAAACAAGAGCUCCAACAGUGGGCAAGUAUUCUAAUAGUGGUACAGCAAGCAGACCAUUUGUAUUUUGAAUAAUCACUGUGCUGAGAUGAUGAGGUGUGGUCUUGCGGUGAUUUCAGUACUAUAGAUAAGUCAGUUAUUUUCCAGAGCGAUUGUGGAUUGUCUUAGAAGUGUAAAACCUUGGUGUGGUUUUUUGUUGUUGUUUCUUUAAGCAUUGUAAUUUAUAUUAUAAGACAGUAUAACAUUAGUUGAGCUAAUUUUUAAUAUGUCCCUUACUAUUUACAGUUUUCUUUUUAUAUAUCAAUGUAAAAAAAGCCAUAUAAUUCAAACUUUCUAAGGCCUCAGAUCAUUAUUGUAAAAGAAAUAUUAAGAAAGUGGCUCUGGAACAAUAGCUUAUUUAUCCAAAUCUCAGUGUUUACAUUUUAACAAAUUUGUAUCUGUUACAAUUGAAAGUUGAAACUACUUUAAAAGAAAGCCAACAUGUGGUCUUUAUACCUGAAUAAUCACUAGCAUAAAACAACAUCUAAACCGAACUGAUAUUUUAAUUCAUUUUAUCAGGUAAAGUACAUUAAGAAUAGGGUUUUCCAUAAAAUACUAAUGACCAGUUUAUCUCUUCAUCUGAAAUACAGGUUAUUACUAUGAAGUGCAACUGAUUUUUAAGGAGAUUUAACUUUAAACUUCCAAAUGAGUAUUGUUCCCGUUUUAGUUGGUACUUUGGGGGAAUGAUAUAUUUUAUUCCUUCAGAGUGUUUGUUCCAUUCUUUUGAAUAUGCUCAGAUAGGGCAAAUCAUUGCCCUUCACAAGUUGAUUUGAUUUCGUGUCGCACCCAAGGAUCAUUUAGAUGAAGACUAAAUAAGGGUGAGGGAUGAGGAGUGGAAAUCAAGCAGGAUAACAUUGUUUUGGUCAAGAGCAGAUCAUGCCUGUUCUCUUGCCAGUCAUACUGGCAUAAAGACUGCUCCUAGAUAAGGUCUCUUUUGGACACUUUGAGCAGUGAAAACAUCCAUGGAGUCGGUAUGAGGCCUCUACGGAGACUACCGAGGAAGACAGUUCAGAUUUUUGGCUUAUAUUCAGCUCUCAACAAGUUAUGUUUUAGUUGAGUUUCAAUAAUCAGUUCUAAUACAUCAUAAAGACAUCAAAUUCCCCAUCUGUCCGGUGCCAGAGUCCUCCCUAAUACUCUGACUUGUUAGGAUCCGGGCAUUAAAAAAAGAUUGCAUUGUGUCGUCUGCAUCCCAAAGUCCCUAACCUGUUAAGGAGGCACUUAGUCACUGGUAAGAACUGGCUUUCUAAUGUCUUCAUUUGUUUUUAAUGUUGGUGGUUUAAAGACAAUCAGGGAGUAGUAAAUUUAUACCAAAAAUCUGAUGAAAAGAAUUCUGCUUCUGCUGUGCAAAAAUUAAUAUUUGUAAAAAUACCCCUUUACAGUGAGGUAGAUAAUAGCAUCUAAUAGAUCAGGCAAAAGUACAGCAAGCAUUUUUACAGUCUCUUUGAAUAGAAUCCUUCCCCCAGCUCCAAGACUUUGGAAAACAAAGCCAUCCUAAAAUGAUAGUACUAGUGGGCAAACGAUCAUUGAUUUGGGUCACCAGGUUCUUAUUUAAAUAUUUCCUAGGUUUUUAGCUGUUUUAUGGUUGUUGUUAUUGUUCUAAACAAAUUUAUGGUCAUUUGUUUUGCUCUGCUAUAAUACAUUUUUGUUUUCUGGUUUAGUUGGGAAAAGAUAAUUUUUUAAUUGUUUUAAUAAGUUUUCUAAAACUUAAAGAAUUUCACUUAAUUAACAUCUUAACAUAAAAUUUGUUUAACUUAAUGGGAAAUUGACAUACCACUGCAGAUGCGCUUCAGUUUUCAAAAUACUAUGCUCCCCAUAAAAAUGGAAGUGAAGCUGUGAUAGUUUAAGUAUAGCCUUGAGCUAUAAAGUUUGAUCUCUUAGAAUCUGGAGUUUUGUAAAGGGGUCUAGACAGAACAGCCUUGGAAGAAGUUUUAGGAGGAAAUGAAACUAAAAGCAUUCUAUUUUUGUCAGUAUUUAAUUUUUUAUUUUUCAGAAAAUCUCCCUUUUCCAAGCCACCCUUUGGAAUAAUUAAAAAUACUGAUAUCCCAUUGAAAACAAAGAUUUUAUUGUUGGCCAACCAAGUAAGAUAGGCAAACAGACACUGUAGUGUCCUGCUCUAGUUUGAACUAAGAUAUGCACAGAACUUAUUACAGUGAUAUGUGCCUGGAAUGAAAAGUAAUCUAAAUUAUAAAGUAAAUCUAUUAGAAAAUUUCGUGUGAUAUGAAACCUCUUUUUAAUUAGGCUGUUUAGAAUUAAAUGCCUGCCCUCUUAGGUAGUUUCUCAUGCGAUAACAUUUAUUAUUGGCCAUUUGGGCUUUGAAGUUGAGCUUAUUCUGCCUCAGUCACAUAAAGCAGGGAUAAAGUAACAGUUGUCUCAGUGAAGGGCACAAGUUACCUGUGCAGAUAAAAUUAACGGAAUCAAAGGCACAGUAGUUUUCUUUUCAUUUGCUGUCAGAAAAGUAGGAUGACUUUAAACUGGUAGUAAAUUUCCAGUGGCUUCUAAUUUUAAAAAGCAUAUGCAUUGACUAGGUAAGAUAUGCAUGAAUUUAUUUUAAAGUAUCACUCCAUUUCAUGUUUGAAAUAGGAUCGAAUAUUUAACAUUAACAGUAUUAUAUUUUAGUGAAAUUUAUUUUGGUUGUGACAACUUAUUAAACUGAAUUAGACUUUUUUCAAUAGCUUGUUAGAGAUAAUUUCAAGGGCUGGAAAGUGUUACUGAAAGGAAUAUUGUACAUUUCGGAAUUACUAAUGAGAUUAUAAGUUAAUUUUGGCAUAGUUCAAAAUUUACUAUAGGGAUUUCUUAGAGGAUAUUUUUAAAGGAACUACUUUAUUGGAAAAAAAUGUUCUUUAAAUAUCAGUAAUAGUUUAUUGAGUAAAAUAUUAGCUGAGAACCUGGACUAUAUGUUUACAAAGCAUAGUUCAGCUCAGACAUACUUUUAAUUUGGAUUAUUGACAUUCUCUCAUGUAGAAUUCUACCACUGUAGAUGUAUAAUUAUGGUAAUAAGCAGUUUUCAUAACCAUGCUCACUCAGACCAUGUAAUUUGAAACUGCCAGUAGCUGUAGCUAUUAGAACCAAAGUUAAUUCAUUUGGGUCCCCCAAAUAAAUUUCAAAAUUUAUUUUCAUUGUUCAAAAAACAAGAGAAACUACUUGGGAAAAAGAGUAAAAUUCCUUCACCUCAAAAUGCCCAUGAUGGUAUAGUGUUGUAUAAUUAUAUCAUGCAUUUAGUCAUGAAGGGGGAAAGAUUUUGAAUUUUGUUUUUUAUUUAAAA